AUGCCUCGUAUCCUUUGCCUUCAUGGCCACGGAACGAGUGCUUCGAUCUUCAAAUCCCAAACGGCCGCAUUCCGGUCUAAGCUCGAUGAAAGUUAUGUGUUCGACUUUAUCGACGCUCCAUUCCAUAGCCAAAGCGCACCCGGCAUAAAAACCAUCUACAAGACGCAAACAUACACCUGGUGGCCUCAGGGUACUCCCGAGUCAAUCCGUUUCGCCCACAAGUGGGUAGCUGACUAUGCGCGCGAAAAUGGACCUUACGAUGCUUUUUGCUGCUUCUCCCAAGGGUGUUCCCUUACUGCGACGAUGGCACUCUACCAUGCCAUGAACAUCAAUGAGCCUGAUUUGGAACCCCUCCCAUUUCGCGCAGCCAUCUUCAUAUGUGGCGGUGUUCCCUUCCCAGCCCUCGAAGAUAUGGGUCUAGAGGUUUCACCGUUGGCGCAUGAGGUCAAUAGGUACACUGGGGCCUUGCUGAAUGAUACAGCCGGGCAGUUGACAGUGCUAGCUCAGAACUUGUGUCUGAUCAAACGUGGGUUAGGGCUGUGGGAAUAUGCCGCAGAGCGCAAUCUGCAUAACCCUGAGUCAAGACCCGAACGGAACAACGUAUUUGGUCUUGAUUUUACCAAGUUUCCUGAAAACGCACGCAUCAAAAUCCCCACUGUGAAUAUUUAUGGAUCGAAAGAUCCAAGGUGGCCGGCUGGUAUUCAGUUGGCGGAAUUCUGCGAUGAUACCAUGGAGUUCGAUCAUGGUGGUGGGCAUGAUAUCCCCCGCUCUACGCAGGUCUCGAACAAGAUCGCAGAUAUGGUUAGGCAGGUUAUAGAGAGGGUCAAUUUGCCAAGCACCAAAGUCACAGAGGAUGAGAUGGUACUGGAGGAGCUAUCGGGGUUGAAGGUUGAAUAUGCCACCAUCAGCGUAGACGAGCUAUGA